AUGGCUACUUUUCAAGUGGUUCUAGUCUCCAACGUCCAUCGCUCUUUUAUCCUGCUCAACUAUGGGAACAUUUCAGAAACAGAACAAAUUUGGCAGGCUGGAUACAGCACAGAGGAUUCUGUCAGUUCUUUCACAAGUCCAGCAACCAGUGCCCCACAGCUCUCUUCUAGCAGCAAUAUCAAUGUGAAUGGCCGCUGCUCGUUCCAUGUUGACGGCUCACCAAACUUGCCAACUAAUCUCCUGCCUUCUGGGAAUAAAGACAUAGUGAACCCCCCUGCUGAAGAUGGAAGCUCUGGUGUCAUUUACUUGCAGCAGCCUUUCAAAUACUUUGGACGCACAUACAAUCAGAUCUUUGUGAACAACAAUGGCUAUCUAACGUUUACUGAGGCACUGACUGCCUCCAGACCCUUUCUGGAUUCUGCAAGAGACAUCAUUGCUCCUCUUUGGACUCGCCUUGACAAUAGACACGGUGGAACUAUCUCCUAUAGAGAGGACACAAGCAGCGCUGUACUAGCACAAGUCACUGCAGAUGUUAAGCAAUACUUCCCUAACAUACCUUUUGCUGCUACUUCAGCUUUCGUCGCUACCUGGGACAGUGUUCCAUACUAUAAUGGUGGAGGGGUGGUCACUUUGCAAGUGAUUUUAGCCUACAACGUUCAUCGUUCUUUCAUCCUGAUCCGUUAUGGAGAUGUUGCUGAAACAGAACAACCUUGGCAGGCUGGUUAUAACACUGUGGACUCUACAAGUUUUUUCACGAUCCCUAAAGCGAAUGUCUCUGACCUCUCUUCAAGCAGCAAUAUCAACUUGACGGCUUCAUGGUUUUUCCACGUUGAUGGCUCACCAAUCCUGCCAGCUAAUUUCCUACCUUUUGGAAAUAGAGAAAGAGUAACUCCGCGUUUGGAGGAUGGAAGCUCUGAAACCAUUGCAUUACAACAACCAUUCAAAUUUUUGGACGCACACUCAACCAGACUUUUAUGUGGAGGAACCAUCUCCUACAGAGAAGAAACAAGCAGUGCUGUACUGGCGCAAGUCACUGCAACAGUUGGGCAAUACUUCCCUAACGUAACCUUUGCCGCACGUCAGCUUUUGUGGCUACCUGGGACAGUGUGCCAUACUAUGAAGGUGGAGGGGUAA